GCAGAGGGAGAGGAGAGAGAGAAUCUCAAGCAGACUCUCCAUUUAGCACAGAAUCCAGUGUGGGACUCAGUCUUAUAACCCCCAGAGAUCAUGACCUGAGCUGAAAUUGAAAUCAAGAGUUGGACAUUUAACUGACUGAGCCACCCAGGUGCCCCCCAAAAAUAUUUGUUUAAGAUGGGGUAAACAAAGUCAGUGUUUUGUCCUAGCUUUCAUAUCUCUUUAGGAGAAAGAACCUAACUUUGAGGAAAACAAUCAAAAAAUGAUUCCAUUUUUUAUUACUUGCACUUAGUCAUAUAAUAAAACUAAAAAAUUUGGAGAAAAUUAUAUGGUAAAGAGACCAAGUAGUAUUGUUAAUGAUGAAAACUGGUUUAUACAUGAGUUUCCUGAAUUUAAGGGAAAAUAUUUUUAUUUCUUCUGUGGAACUGAAAUAUUUUUUAUUCCUCAACCUUUCAUUUCUAAACCUAUUUAUUUUGUAAUUUUUAUACUCUUAUUCAUGCAUUAAAAUAAUAGUUUCUCAGGUGGAAUGGUACUGAUCUAUAGGGAAACGUUUGGAAAUAAUGUGUGGUGCAGUUUUGACACUAUUGGGAGAAGAAAGGAUUUCUACUAGCAUUUUACAACAGGGAUCAGAGUUUGUAAACAUCCUGUAUGGGACAGUUUGCACAGUAGACUAGUCCCAUCUAAAAUGUCAGUAAUGCCUCUGUUGUGAAACACUUCAAUGAAAUGUCUCCUGUAGAGAAAUUGAUUAUUUAAAGAGUUAAAGUUUGGGACACCUGGAUGGCUCACUUGGUUAAGUGUCUCUUGAUCUCAGCUCAGGUCUUUUUUUUUUUUUUUUUUUUCCAGCUCAGGUCUUGAUCUCAGGGUGGUUAGUUCAAGCCCUACAUUGGGCUCUAUGCUGGGUGUGGUGACUACAUUAAAAAAAAAAAAAAAAAAUCAAGAAAAAGAGUUGAAGUUUGAGAAAUAUUGAAAAUAUACCUGUUGCUAGCUAUGGUGAAAUGGCAAUACAAUAAUACACCAGGCCUACUUCUGAAAUACUCUUUUCAGAGGUCAUAUAUUAAAAGAAAGGGAUAUUCUUAAAGAUUUCUAACUAACUAUACAUACUGUUUGAGCAGAGGAUAUGUGGAUCUCUUUAGACUAAGACAAGUAUAUCUGUUAAAAUUUAGAAGUUUAUUUUUUAAAUUUAGAAAUGAAAUUUGAAUAGGAAUAUGAAUGGUAACUUCCAAAUUAGUCCACAAAAACUAGUAAAACAUGAUCAAUCCAAUAGAGGCAGAGAAGGGGGAAAAUCAUUUUUAAAAAAGAGAUAAAUCAGGAAGCACAAAAAUAUGGAGGCAUAAAAUCCAAAUAUCAAUAAUUACAGUAAAUACAUAUUUACUAAAGAUAGACAGGAUUAGAUUGGAUUAAAAAAGGAAUCCAAACUAUGUUCUUUGUAAGGAACACACAUCUAAAACAUGCAAAUGAGAAAGUCUGAAAGUAAAAAGAUGGAGAAAAAAUAACAGGCAAAUGCAAAUCAAAGAAAAACAGUUAUAUAUACGUUAAUAGCAGACAAAAUAGAGUUUAGGGCAUAAAGCAUUAUUAGUGAUAAAAAGGUAUUUUAUAUUAAAAGGUUUAUUUCACUAGAACAUAAAAGAAUUCUUAUAUGCACUUAAUAACAUAGCUUCAAACCAUAAAAAGCAAAAUGGACAGAAUUAGAAGAAAAAAGUGAGACUCCCCAUCUUAGUGGAAAAUGUUAACACCAUUCUCUAAUUUACUAAUAGAUAAAAUAGACCAAAAAAUUAUUAAGACCAUAGAUUUUACUGUAAUAAACUUUUUAUUAGGCAUAUUUACAAUUCUCGCAGCAAAUGGUAAAUACAUCUUCUGAAGCUAGCUUAGAAUAUGUACAAAAAUAGAGCAUAUACUAGACUACAAAGUGAGUUGCAACCAAUAUCAAAGAUUUGUUAUCACAAAAAUGGUUUUUCCUCACCUCAGUAUAGUUUAACAUAGCUAACUAAAAAUUCCCAUGUUUGGAGACUUAUAAACUAAAUAAUUCGUGGAUUGAAGAAAUCAUAGGGAAAUCAGUAGGCUAAAAAUUAGUGAACUAAUAAGCAUUUUGCUAAAAAAAAAAACAACUGGAAAAAGAUAAAAAAGAGUAAACCCAAUGAAAGAUAUGGAACAAUAAACAUAAAAGCAGAAGUUAAUGAAAUUGAAAAUGAAAAUACAAUAAAGUUUUUUUAAAAGCCUGCUUUUUGAAAAAGCUAAUUGAAUAUGCAAUUAUCUAGGAAGAUUCAUCCAGAGAAAUAAGACAAAGGAUAAUCUUAACUAAAAAAAGGAAACAACAACAAAAAAAUAUACAGUAAAGUAAUAAGAUCACCUUUAUGCCAGUAUACUUGAAAACUUUGGUGAAAUAGUUUAUUCAAAAAACACACCUUAGCAAAACUUGAUCGAGAGAAAUAGAAAAUUUGAAAUGCACCUAUUACCUGGACUGAUAUUUAACCAGUAUGCACUGAUUUAGCUGAAGUCAUGGUUAAAAUAUUAAACUAAUACUUUUGUAGUUAAUGUGGUAACUGUAGUUAAAUGAUAAAUAGCCAGUAUCCUAAAUCAUCCCCAGGUAGUUGUAUCCUGGCACCCUGUGGUUACCUGGGCCCCUCUUUUAGGGAUACCUCCCUCAAGAUCUCCCUAUGAUCUAGUAGCUAAAGUCCCCCUUAAACUACCCUCACCUAAAAAAAACAAACAAAAAACUACCUUCACCUUCCCCCUCUUUUUUUUUUUUUUGGUUGUUCAGCAUCUCAUUUAAUUCUGAGAACAGCCUCAGGAGUUAGUUAACUGUUUUCCCAUUUUAGAGCUAAAGAGAUCAAGGUCAGAGAGGUUGGGUAACAUGCCCACAUGACUGUCAAUAAGACAGUAAAAUAUGAGCCAAGAGUCAAACCCUGGUUUAUAGACAGCCAAGAUGUAUCCUUUGCUUAUGGGAGUUUUAAAAUUUUAGAGUAGAGUGAUUCUAGGACCCAGUUCCAACACUGUCAAUUGCAUCAAUUCUGACUGCUAGUUUUCAUGCAUUGCUUUCUGGUUACUUAAAUAUUCUAAAUAUUGCCUCUGCCAUAGCCAUUAAAGAAAUGGAAAAUAUCAAUUAAAAUUUAUUUACUAAGAAAACAGUAGGCUUGUUAGUUUUACAGGUGACUUCUACAAGAUAGUACAAGAAGCAGAACAUUUCAAUUUUAUUAAGUGUUCAGAUUCCAGAAGUAAGGAGAAUUCUCCUUCAUGUAUGAAGCUAGUAUAACCUAUACAUAAAAUCAAGCUUUUCUGAGUCCAUAGCGGUAGUGUCGCGGCCGCCUGAGCCAGGGGUGUUGCGUCAAGAUGCUUCAAAACCUUGUUAAAAAUGUUUGGGUCCCCAUGAAGCCCUACUAUACCCAAGCUUACCAGGAGAUUUGGUUAGGAAUGGGGUUGAUGAGUGCCAUCAUUUAUAAAAUCAGGAGUGCUGAUAAAAGAAGUAAAGCUUUGAAAGCCUCGAGUCCUGCCCCUGCUCAUGGCCAUCAUUAACCAGCUCGGGGAACACAUGAGAUGGAACGUCAGUCUGGCUGUAAAUCUCUGCAUGCUCUGCUAGUUGGGAACAUGGAGCCCCGACGUACACGUGUACACAUGUCGUGUCUGCUGCGGCGUGAAUAAAUGUAACUGUGAGGUGAAAAAAAAAAUCAAGAAAGAUAACUAAGAAAAAAAUUGAAAUGUCUUUCUGUAAUAUGAAUAUAGAUGCAAAUAUUGUAAAUAAAAGGAAACUGAAUCCUG